AUGAGUUUCAAUCUAGACAUGCUUUUCUUUGAACCUGCUGACUUAUGCCUGGACAACCCGAUGGCCGGCCCAUACAAGCAUGAAAUUUCUGGAGUCAAACAUGGCGAAUCACUGUGGAUGGUGGACAUAAACGAUGAGGAUUUGGAAGAAGGAGAGAGCGAGCAGAGACGUCUUCGAUCCACCAUCGCACAUCUCAGUCAACAGUGCGAUUAUUGGAAGGCUCAAGCUGAAGAACAUGGUAAAACCAUUGCAGACUUGGAUCAACGGACGUCCAGAGAUACAUCCCAUGCGAAACUUCCUCGCGAUAUCCUGCGUCGCAUCAAUCGCCUGGAAAGCGAAACAGUACGCCUGCGUGCAGAGAACGCUCAACUGAAGGAGACGCACAAGACUACUGAGCGCGAGAAUGUCCUCCUUGGCAUCCAAAACGAGAGCAAAACCAACAAACUCAAGGGUGCAAAUACAAAGGUGAAGAACGCUAAGCAAGUUGCUAGUAAAGAGGAGGAAAGAGCCAAAGAAGCGAUGGAAGCCAAACAACGUCAUCUCGCAUCGCAACGCAAAAUGAAGAAGGAACGCGAUGAUGCUCUGGCUACGAUGCAGGAACAGAGGAAAUUGAACGAAGGUCUUCGCGCAGAGCUUGAAACAGAGCAGUCUGGGGUUCCACAUAUGCGUGAUACUGCUGUUGAUCCGAAUAAUACUGUGGUUGUGGUCCCGAUUGAAUUUGAGGUUCGCCGUGUCGACGUUCAGCGCAUCGCGGUGGAGUUAGACCGGCGCCAAAUGGACUGGACUAGAGAGGUGGAGAAUGACGGUCAGGGCUCCAGGCGUGCUUGCGAGACUCCCUGUCGUUUUACUAAAGCAUGUCAUGAUGAAGAGGUGCAUGCAACUGUAGGAUCAUGGAGAAGUGCUGAGUAGUCGUUCACCGCUUCUAGAUGGUGGUGGUG